CCACUCUCUCUUUUAAUGGUAUUUUUCUUCUUGGCAAAGAAAAUAAAAAAGAAGAUAUUUUGCUUUAAUAAUAAUAGAAAUCUAAAAGUCGGGUAGAAAAAAUCCGAAUAAAGUAUAUCGGGUUGUACUGCUUGUCCCUAAACCCGCCAAGCUUUACGUCCAAACCUCCAGUCGUCGCUUCUGACCAAUCGUAAAGAAGCAGGUGAAGAAGUGGACUCUGCUAUUUCCUUGUACACCCAAGUGCAUAAAGGAUCCCCCUUUUCCACCACACCCAUUAUCUAGGGUUAGGGUUUUCGAGUUGAACCCCCAAAUCGCUCUUAGGGUCACUGAAAUUAGGGUUGUUUUGUCCCAGAAUUAAAAAAUGCGAGCUCUUCAAGAGGCUCCCUCACAACCUGGACUCCCAAUUUCACUUUCCCUGGGCUCAAAUUCAACUCUAGGCGAAGGGGCUUCGGGUUCCCGAUUCUACAGCUGGCUUGGUGAGUGCCAUGGGGCUUUUCACAAUGUCGCUCUAAUUGUACCCUCGCUUCUUUUCGUCCUGUACUUGGCCUAUCAAGCAAGGAAAAGCUUCUCGAAGCUCUCUCAUGGCCGGUCUUAUAUUAUGAUUGCGUACUAUGGGUGCCUUUGGCUUGUUAGCUUGCUCAAUCUUGCUUGGUGCUGUUUACAGGCAUGGGAGUGCACUCCUGGAAAAGAACUAGCCUGGAAUUUCUUAUCUUUGUUCACAACCUCCGGGAUGCUAUUUUUGGAAGUAAGCUUGCUGGCAUUUUUGAUCCAAGGGAAUUAUGCAAGUGGACUGGAAGCUUUGACACGGACUUUCGUUGUCUCAGGGGUCCUUGUUGUUUUGGAUAUACUUCUCAAGGCAAUCUAUCUAUUUGGAUUUGGAAUUCCAUUAUUCGUUGACAACAAAGAUCGUACAGAUCGGAUGAAGUGGGACUUGUGGGUUGUCCACAGGCUAGUGAUUACUGCAAUUUAUGGCUUCAUAUUGUUCAUGUACCAUUCCAAGUGGAGAGAAAGGUUACCAGCAAGACCUGCAUUCUACAAGUAUACUGCGGUCAUGUUUAUGUUGAACGUACUAGCCCUGUUUGCUUGCGGGCUUACUGGAAAUGGGGCUGGAUUUGGGUUUUGGCUCUAUGGUGCCACUGUUGUCUGUUAUCAUGCCCUUUAUCUUCCUCUUUUGUAUGUAACAUUUCUGGCAGACUUCUUCCAGGAGGAAGAUCUACAUUUGGAGAAUGUGUAUUAUUCAGAGAUGAAAGAUGCUGGUUUCUUUGAUGCUGAUUGGGAGUGAUGCAGUAACACUUGAUCACAAGAUGAUUUGGUCACCGCACUCGCUGUAUAUAGAAGUCAAUACUGUAUCUUGAAUGAAUCUUUUGUCAUGCUGUAUCUUGAAUGAAUCUUUUGUCAUGCUGUAUCUUGAAUGAAUCUUUUGUCAUACUGUAUCUUGGGUUGCUUUUUCAGUCUAAAAUAAUGAAAAUUGUAUUUCUAAGACUUA